CCAUUGAAUCACAAUUCACAAAAAUAUUCUUACCGUUGAACUCAAUAGAAAUAGUGAAAGAGUAUUGAUGAGGUUUUCAAAUAAAAGGGACUUUUUUCAGAUUUGAAGCUCCCCUGUGGAUUUAGCCACUAAAUUUCAAUCCCGGCUGGAUGUUUUAAAGCCAAGAUUUUGAUUCCCAUCUCCAGAUAAUGCGUUAUAGCUGAUGAAUCUGUAAAACACUGAAAAAAGAAAGCGGAGAAACUUCAUUCGGAAAUAAAUCCCUACUGAAUCUUUACAAAAGUAAGAUCGCUAUGGUUCAGACGUUAGAAGCCAUAAGGGGAGGAGGUGGAUCUGUUAAAGUAGGUACAACUGGGAAAAUCAGUGCUCUGAUGUCUAGAGAAAUAGAAUCAGCAUCUAAGGCGCCUUCCGCAUCUACUUCUGUUGCCGUUUCAGCCAGUGACAUUGCUCCUAGAAAACUGAAAUCCAGAACAUCAACAGAUGAAGGAAGCAGCAGCGCUGCAGUUAAUACCAAAAAUGGUAAAUGCCCCGAACCAGUAAGGAAGACAAAGCAUCAUCGAACUGGAAGAACUCAUUACAUCCCAAUGCUCGCAGCUGAUAACAUGUCGUUAGACGGAACUCCUGUAAGACAAAAACCUAGCAGGAGGGCCCCUGGUUUAGUUGAAAUCGUUGACAUAAAUUGUGGAAAUCCGGAAAAAACAUGGAAAAAACCAAUAACAAACCGCCUAAAGAAGCUUGGGUUCUCUAAACUAUCCGAAAGCUUCGGCUAACUAAGCCUGCGAUUGCGACUGGGACCUCUUAACAUCCGCUUUGAGACUCCUGUAAGCAAAUCCGGAAGAAGCUGUUUUUGCCUGUUUGCUUUCCGCUACUUCCACCAUUGAACACAUGCUCGGUAUGAGCUUGUUGCUUGCUCUCUUCUUCUUCUCAGGAACACUGGUAAUAGCCGACUCUCGCUUGGAUCCUGACAACUGGUUGCCUAGCUGGUGCAGGGGCUUGUUGUGGCCUAACUGGAGACGGCUGAAGUACUCUAUCUCCCGCAUGAUGAGAGAUCCAACGGUACCUCUUGUCCCUAUCGCCACUGGAUAAGGCAACUCUUUUAUCCUAGGAGGGAAUGUCAGUGUCUGAGGCGAAGGCAUCGUCUCGGUAGGAGUGUGAGGCAUGUUAGUUAGCUAUGUGUAGGUUUGUUUUUGAGAAGGGGUUAUGACUUUUUAUGGAGAGUGAACUAGGAAGAGUGGUCACUAGAUUCAUGUGCAUCUAUUUAUGUUGUUUGCUUUUGCUCUAACUGUGGUUGAAUUUAGUAUUGGUGAUGAUUAUUACUCUUAAUUAUGUGAAACAGAUCAUGUGCUGCU